AUGGCGACGACGGUUCGGCAGCUAGACGAUCGCCUGAAUUCGUUUUCUUCGCGUACUCUGGAGGUUGAAAAUGCCGUCACCGCUCAGAUCGCUACUUUGGAGGAUCAGAAUCGCGCUCAAUCCAAUCAACUCACUGAGUUGAUAGCUCGUUCCGAGGGGCAUUCGCAGCAAUUUGUGACGAUCACGACGCGUCUGGAUGGAAUGGAAGAUCGAGCUGCCACUCGUUUCGCGCAAUUUGAUCAGCUUCAGCAAAAUGUUCAAGAGAUUCUUCGCCGGUUGGAGGCGGUUCAGCAAUGA